UUUGGUUAAAUCUGCUUAAUUAGUUUGGUAGCAGACUUUCUUCCCAAGCAGCCUCUCCACAGCCACAUCCCAAACUUUUUGUUUACAACUAAAUCUGGACUUCCCAUUGCAGAUUUUUCAGUAAUCAAGCUUUCGAACUUCUCUAUCCUCUGCUAAUCCUAUUCCUCUCUAUAGUCUCUAUCUCAAUUUCACCAUUUUCCCAAGUUUCCUGUUCCAUUACUUUAGAAUUUGGAUAAGGAUUUAAGGACACACCCAGUUUCAGUUUCAGUUUCACAAGCAAUUUUGAGGGAGACGACCGAAACACAACACUUUCGUCUCAUCUCGCUUACACAUCUCUUCGUUUUCACGGCCAUCUCUAGGAGGGGAAUUCUUUGAAUCGGUUUCUUGGAAGAAUGGAAGUUUCUACGCCUAUGCAGUCUCAUAAUACAGAAAAACAGAAAUCUAUUAGUCAUGUUAGGCUGAUGAGAGGGGUGAUUUGUUUAGCGGUGUUUCUGUCUACUGCCUUCAUGUUUUUAGUGUAUUUUGCGCCGAUAGCGACUCUCUGUUUACGGCUUUUCAGCCUGCAUUACAGUAGGAAGGCAACUUCCAUUAUUUUUGGUUUCUGGUUGGCUCUUUGGCCCUUUCUCUUUGAAGUGAUAAAUGGGACAAAAGUUGUCUUCUAUGGAGAUGAUGUUCCAGCAAAUGAACGUGUUCUGCUCAUUGCCAACCACAGAACUGAAGUUGAUUGGAUGUAUUUGUGGGACCUUGCAUUGCGAAAGGGCUCCCUAGGCUGCAUCAAAUACAUCCUUAAAAGCAGCUUAAUGAAGCUGCCUCUCUUCGGUUGGGGAUUCCACGUUUUGGAGUUCAUUCCAGUUGAGAGGAAAUGGGAAGUCGAUGAACCGCUUAUGUGCCAAAGACUUUCAACGUUUAAAAAUCCUCGAGACCCCUUGUGGCUUGCUGUUUUUCCCGAGGGAACUGACUUUACGGAGGCAAAAUGCAAGAAGAGUCAAGAAUAUGCUGCUGAAGUUGGACUUCCAGUGCUGAAAAAUGUUCUACUUCCAAAAGCAAGAGGUUUUUGUGCUUGCUUGCAAACUCUCCGAGGUUCCAUUGACAGUGUUUAUGAUGUGACUAUUGCCUACAAGCACCGGUUACCUACCUUUAUGGAUAAUGUCUUCGGCCUCGGUCCUUCAGAAGUUCACAUUCAUGUUCGACGGAUCCCUGUUGGGGAGAUUCCCGCUUCCGACGAUGGUGCUUCUGCUUGGUUAAUGGAUAAAUUCAAGCUCAAGGAUAAUUUGCUCUCGUAUUUCACAGGCAAUGGCCAUUUCCCUGAGCCAAGAGUAGAAGAACCACUCUCUGUCUUCAAGUGCUCAAUGAACUUCAUACUGGUCGUUUCCUUGACUGCCAUAUUCGCUUACAUUACUUUCUAUUCAUUUUGGUCCAAAAUUUAUGUAGCUUUAUCUUGUACAUAUCUUGCUUCCGUUACAUAUCUCAGAGUACACCCGGAGCAAGAUUUAGGCUUUUUGAUAUCAAUGUUCGUUGGCAAGAAAGCACGCACAGAAUAACACAUUCUUACAGGAUACAUGAUUUUUUUCUUGUGGGGAAGCUUUUUCAAGUGCAUCUACUGUUCUUAGAUUGGAAUA